UGGUGGGAGAAAUUGCAAUCAAGCCAAGAAGAACUGUAAUGGCGUCGAGUAGCAUUGGAAAAAUUUACCAAAUUGUGUUAUUUAAAUGUGAUUUUUCCCAUGAAUUUUGAAGAAUUUGCAAAAAGUUUAUAGUGUUUCUGCAAGAAUAGUUCUAAAGCAGUUGAUUGCUGCUCAAAAUUUGGUGAAAAAGUUGUGGUAAAUGUGCGAAAAUUGAAGAAAAGUGAGUGACAGAUCUCCCGCUAUUUACCGCGUCGAUUCUAAAUAUCCUCGAAUUUUCCUGAAUUGAGCCUCAGUUCUGGGGAUAUUUUGGUGUAGGGAGUGUCUCCUGGACACCAGGAAUAGGGACAAGGUAAAAUUGAUAGUGCUGAACAAGUGUAAAAAGUGGUAAAUGGGAUAAAUGUAUAGGGCUCUUGCGAUGUUGUUAGGACGAUGUCAAGUUUGUGGUUAGUUUGGUGAAGGAAUAAUCCCAAUACUUCUGACCAAAUUUGCCAAUUUUGGCUGUUAAUGUGAGUAAAAUAAUCUGUGAGAAUGAGUGUUGCACCUGAAGAAUUCGAUACGGUGGUUUUUGAGAAGAAUCUCAGUAAUCUCAAAGACACCCAGGACAGUAUCAGUUCCAUGUCAACCUGGUGCCUCCAAUGGCGAUCCCAUCACAAGAAAAUCGUCUCGAGCUGGCUCACGGUGCUCAAACAAGUCAAAGUUGAACAUCGUCUGACGCUGUUCCAUCUGGCCAAUGAUGUCAUUCAGUACAGCAAGAGGAACAAUUAUGAGUUUGUGGAAAGCUGGGGUACAACUCUCCAGCGAGCCACCACGAUGGUGCGCGAUGAGAAGGUAAAGAACCGGAUUCUGCGGAUCUUCAAGAUCUGGGAACAGCGUGGAGUGUACAAUGAUGAUUUCAUUGGGGAUCUCGUGGGGUUGCUCAAUAUGCCACCACCGGCCAAAAAGAACCAGGAAUCCAAGGAAAAUCUCCCUGAAGUUGAAGAUCCCCAAACCACAGCGCUCAUUGCCAAUAUCCGGGACUGCGUGAAGCUUCAGGAACGCACAGAUAAAUGCUUCAAGAACCUCGCCAAGACUCCUCAAUGCGACAUUGACAAUAUCAAGCAAAAUCUCAAAGAUCGCAGUCACGUGGAGGAUGUAGAAAAGGAACUGGAGGAGUGCCUUUCGAGCCUGGAGACCUACAUGACUACCCUGAAGGCAGAGAUCAAAGCACGUGGCAUCCUCAUUACAGCCCUUGUCCAAGCCGAUGAGUUCUAUCACAAUCAGCGAGGGGACGUCAAGACGGUUGCAAUUGCCUAUCGUAAUUUUGGGAAUCGCGUGAAGACGAUGAAGAAGAAGUUGGAGGAGUUGACACCAACUCUGCCCAGUCCAAUGCCAUCUCCGGACAUAAAUGCCCCAUCACCGGAACCAGAUGUUGAAUUUGAGUUUCCGGGAAGUGGGAAUAACUACUCCAAUGGCUUCAUGAGCUACAUGGACGGUGGUGCUCUGCCCUUUGACAUCAAUGAUUUCCAUCGGGACAGUCACACGUCGAGGAUGCAGCAGGAUGAAGGAAGUAAUAUGGGAGAUGGUAGGUCGUCGGCACAACAGAUUCAAGUGAUUGAUUCCCGGGGCACCAAUAAAAGUGAAACGGACUUCAGUGUUAAUGACAUCUUCAAGAAUAUCAUUAACGAUAAUACGCCACCGCCAAGUGGCUACAUCCCGUCACUGCAGACGCCUCAGCCCGUGCCACCGGUUAUGUCCAAUUCACUGCCGCCGUAUCGGGGUGCAGGGGCUGGUGGGCAGGGUGGUCAACAGGCAUACAAUCCCGGUCUCGAUAUGAGUGAAUUCAAUGCUGACAAUGACUACGGAAGUGGAUAUGGAAUUGAUUCGAGGCAGAACUAUUCGGCUCCGAGCAUUGUUCCACCGCCCGUUCCGCCGCCAAUUGGGCAGAAUUCCAUGGAGAGCUAUGGGGGAUCGUGGGGGAACAGUGGAUUGGAGUGGUUGGAAAAUGAUUCUGGGAACUAUGAAGAGUCCAUUGAGACCCCUUCGUCACCGCCGCACUUUGAUCGGAAGCCACAGGGCAAUGAUGGAGGAAUGAUUGAGUAUGAUGAGAAUGCAGAGAGUUCUGGGGCAGGUGACAUUGAUCACAGGCAGCUGAAUCUUCCAUCGGAACAUCUAUCAGCGCCACUCAAAGCGAAAAAUCGUGCCGUCGAUGUUGAUCAUCGAAAUUUGAUAUCCCUGACGGGAUCUCCCGGAUCGAAGGUGAACACAGAGAAGGAGAUUCCACCCCCACCAGUGGCACCUCCACUUCUCUGGCCACCUUCUGGUCCUUCUGGCCAGGACAUUGACUUGCGAAUGCAAAAUACUCUUCCGCCUGUGACGUCUAGCAGCGGCGAGAGAGUGAGUCCAAAGCCGACUGUUGACAAGGAAGAUGUAGUAGUACCCCCACCACUGCCUCCUCCUCUUAUUCUCUUUGAGCCACCACCUUCCUUCGAGGAUCUCUUCAGGGAGUCCAGCAACACUGAUUCACCGGCACCUUUGCUACCAAAUUUCCAAAAACCCCCUCCUGGAUUUAUUGUGCCACCAAUUCCACCGCUAAACAGUGUGCAGGCCAAGAAGAACCUGAAGUCGCCAAAUGCGAAGAAUCAGCAGAAUGGGCCAGACAAUGUGGAAAGUGUUGACAUGGAGAUGUCGGAUGAGGACAUGGAGGAAUAUCACAAUAUGCAAGAAGAGGAGGAUCAGGAGCAAGAGGCUGAGGAGCAGGAGGAAGAGGAUGAUGGGAAUGAUGGUGGGAUGAAUAUGAUGCAACAGAAUAGCAUGGGAGGAGGACCAAGAGGAAUGCCUCCGAUGCCCUUUAUGCCGCCGCCAGGAAUGAACUUUUCGCCGGGAAUGAAGAUGUGGAAUGACAAGGGUCCUGCACCGCUUCUGCCAACGCCUCCUGGAGGCCCAAUGCGUGGUGCUGGGGGCAAUGGCAGCUGGAAUGGACCACCAGGAGGAGGAGGAGGAGGAGGCCCAGGAGGGAAUUUCCCACGAGGUGGCUUUUUUGGUGGUGACAGGAUGAGGACUCCGCCAUUUAACAUCCAGCCGCCCUUCAAUUUCCGCCCGGGCAUGAAUAUGCGAGGCAUUGGAAGGCCACCCAGAGGACGACCACAUCCCUUCAGGGGGAAUCCCAUGUUCCGCGGAGGAGGCGGAGGAGGGAAUCGUGGAGGACGAGGGGGAAAUUGGUGAAGAGAAGGAUGGUUCUGAAUAAAAAUUAAAAAAAUAAAAGAAAUAAUUUGUCAAUACAUUUCGCUGGAAUAUAAAAUAAUUUUGGCAUUAAUUUGUAAAGAAGAAGGAAAAGAAGGAAGAGGAGAAAGGAUUGUGUUUUUCUUUGUAGUUUUUAUUGGAUUUUGCUAAAAAAAAAAAAAUACCCAAAUCACUGUGUGCAAAUUAUGUAAUUUAUUGCACGGUGUUAACAAAUGAUUUUAAAAAGAAAUCUUUUAAAAUAAAACAAACUAAAAAGGAAAUACAAGUUAGUUGUUAAGUGAAAGUAGAAAUUGCGUUGAAGAAAUCUUUGAAAAAGAAACAUUAAAAAAAAUGAAAUAAAAGAAGAGUUUUUUCCUGCUUAA